AUGCCGCCACCAGGCGACAACCAGCGUGUGAUACUCCUAAUCAUCCUGCUAUUGCUGUGGACGACUACCAACGAUAACAGCGCUGGCUUCGUGCAAGCGCCGUCUCUGACCAGGGCUCGGCUUGCCAGGCAGCGAACCGCCCAUGGCGUUCUAAAUACCACACAUUGGGGCGAUUUCUCGCCCCGGCUGGCCAACGAGCAGCCACUCUUCCCAGGUCCCGAGCCUCGGUAUUUGAACCUGACCGGGUUCCGCGAAGAAGACCGUUUCGCAUGGGAAGACUUUGGACACUUCAGGAAUCGAUGUGAGGAAUGGAGCGAGAAUGCAGUGGGAAAGCCAAAUGCAGCGUCGCCUGUAUGGCAAAACGUCUCCGGCGUGAUUAGAGGACCGUGGAUCCGGAAGCCACUGUCGGUAUCGCGGACGCACGCAAGCUACAACCUAAGCGAAGUAACGCCCGGUAUCGAAUGGAUAGCUGAAAAUGCGGAUUGGGGGAGGAACAUUACUGGGCGAGAGGGAAAGAUGCUGGUGAGGGUGCACGACCAGGAGGCUGCCGGAACGGAACCGAAGAGGGAGGACCUGCAUCCAGUAGGACAGCCGCCGCUGGAGGUCAAGGCAAGGGCUGUGUCUGCCACAGUUACCAUCGAUGACGAAGAAGGUUCGGGAUCUAGCUCAGAAAUGCGUCUUCAUGGCGUACACUGGCCCCGACAAGGGGCUUUGCUCUUAACCACGACGAGCGAGAAGUUCGCUGGCAUAUUUGCCCUUCCUCAUCUCACCUCACGAGAGGACUACUUCAACUCUAGCCAGGCUCUUUUGAACAGAACGUUGGACGAAAUGUUGCAUGCUAAAGAGCGGCGCUACUUCACCGACCAUGGAAACCCAUGGGCUUCCACGAGCGACUCAGGAGAACCACUGGGCUCGGCGCCGCACUGCGAGUACAUAUUCUAUAUGCAAGUGCACCCGCCAGAACAGAGCAUCCUGGAUAUCGAUCAUCUGCUCGCGGGACCGGAGAAUAUCGCAAAGGCUAUCGAUGAGCUCGAGUAUGAGCUUCGGUUUCCCCGCGGAGCUCCACAAGAUGGGCCUCCAAGACUUAUGAUGUCGGCAGUCGUAUACUCUCCCGACUGCGCCUUCAUGAUAGAGACGAAAGGACCACCGGAUUUUCCCCCGGCGGAAGGGCAGCAUUUGUCGGGUUGGAAGCAGGAACAGUGGCUGCAUGACGUGGGAUAUUGGAUGCUUGGCUUCGGUGCCAUCAUUUUCCUCCAAGUCCAGCUGCUGAAAACACAGAUGAGAGAAGCAUCGACGCCGUCUACGCUAGGAAGAAUCAGCUUCUACACUGCAAGUAUGAUUCUGCUUGCCGAUGGCAUCAUCUUUGCAGGUUCCGCCGCUUGGGCGCUCUCAGCGUCAAACACCCUGCUGCCUGCCUUGGUCGUGACUGGGGCAUCGUGUCUGGCUACUACAGUCGGCAUUUGCUUUCUGAGUGAAAUAUAUGUUGUACAAGAACCGGAAUGGCGUCGGCGAGACCGCGAGAGGCAGGCCAAUUCGACAAGCAGCACGCCUAGGCCGCCUCCAACCACACCAGCUCCAGACGCGACAACGCCCAACACAAGCUCGGAGUCCAACACACUUCUCUCAACUGCUGCGAGGCGAGCUACUCCGCGUCCGCCAUCGCCCCCGAUCAUCAUACCUUCUGACCAGGAUAUAGACGCUGAGAUUGAGCAAGUCACAAACAAUCCUCAAUCUAUCUUACCAGCACCAGUUACCGCCGCUACUCCGGCAAACAACCAGAACGCAAAUCGGUCCACGCCACUGGGCACCAUCUUUGGUCAUCUUAUAAUGUCAGGAAUUGCCAUUCUAUUCCUCUCCCUUGCCGCUGCAACAUGGAAGCCUGCAUUGCGCUCAGUAUACUUUAACAUAUUGGCUCUGGGCUAUCUAUCACUCUGGACACCACAAAUUUACCGCAACGUAUACCGAAACUGUCGGCGUGCACUUUCAUGGAGAUUCGUAAUUGGGCAGUCUAUUCUGCGUAUCCUGCCUAUUGCCUACUUCUACCUUGUCAAAGACAAUUUUGCCUUUGCCACACCAGAUUGGACGGCCUUUGCCGUGCUUGCCGGUUGGCUCUGGAUCCAAAUAUGGAUGCUAGCAGCACAAAAUGUGUUGGGGCCACGCUUUGGAAUCCCCAGAGGCUGGAUGCCCGAAGCAUGGGAGUACCAUCCUAUCCUGAGAGAAGAUGGUGUCGAAAGCGGUGGUCUUCCCAUAGGACUGGUCCUGGGCUCCUCCGAUACGGCCCCGAGCUCACCAACUCUCGAUCGCACAAAGAGUGGUGCUGAUGCCAACAAGCACACCAGGAUACAUCAUAUUGACUGUGCGAUCUGCCGCGAGGUACUCGAAGUACCAGUCGUCAAGGCUGGCGAGAGUGACCCAAAUAGUGGAGUGACUGGAGUCUUCACCCGGAGAGCGUACAUGGUAACGCCGUGCCGACAUAUAUUCCACAGUGCUUGUCUAGAGGGGUGGAUGCGGUUCAGAUUGCAGUGUCCAAUCUGCAGAGAGGAGCUUCCACCUUUGUAA